AUGGUCUCCAUCCUCUCCAACUUCAGCACUCUCUACCAGCUCGCGCGUCAAUCGUCUCUCUUCCGGGCGAAGGGCAGCGCGCUCGUGCGCCACGUGCGCAUCGAGCGCGAGCUCGGCAUCCUCGUCCUCAAGUCGGCUGCUGGUGCUAAGAUCAUCAAGCCGCCCGCGGACCAGCUUGUCUCGAUUCUUGGCCGCGCAACGCGCGUCGACAUGGGCCCCGGCCUAACCGAGGCGGACACUGAGCUCUUCCGCCUCGCGAAGCCGCAGGAGAGCCGCUGGCUGUGCAUGGGCGACGUGUGUACCGGCUCGUCGCCGACUACAGUCCUCAUCGUCUCGCACAUCGGACACGGCAAGCAGACCAUCGACCUCCGCGACACCCAGCGCCUCGUCGUCAACAUCCAGCCUGCGGCCAAGUAUGGCCUGCGCCACGACACGGACUCGAUCCGCCCGCCCGUCGGCGCGACGUUCCUCGGCGCCAUGCCCGCGCACGUCGUGAUCCUCCCCGAGUCCCCGAAGGAGCGGUGCAAGGACAUCACGGCGCAGGUCGCGAUGCUGUACACGUCUGCGAUCUACUUCUUCCUCUCGGCUGUGAAGGACCGCAGCGACGCCGACGUGCGCUGUAUCGGCCUGCCUCCCGCCGUCAUGCGCGAGUUCAAACUCACGUUCGACAAGCUCCGCCAGCACUUUGAAAAGGUCAUGGAGCAGAUUGAGCACGAGCUCGACUACCUCGGCAACAAGAAGCUGGAGCAGACCGAGAUCCUCCUGGACAUGCUGGCCCGGGUCAAGCUCGUCCCGUGGGAGGCGUAUGCGAACGAGCUGUCCGAGGACCAGCUCGCGUUCGAGAACACGUGCUGCCUCAAGUGUUUCGGAUACGGCCCGCGCAUGUGCGUCGCGUGUACUGAGGACGCGGAGAUUGCCGCGAAGUGA